AUGAGCAGAAAUGUUCGAAAUUUUAAGAGUAAUGAAAUUGUGGUUUUAAGUUUGAAAUGCUGUACUCAAGGCCAUUUACUUCCUGUUCAAUCCUUGGAAUGGCCCUGCAUAAGGCAUGGCCUGCCAUGGUUGCCGACCCCACUUGUGGCCUGCACCGCGGUGAACAGAGCAGCCGAAUACAUAGCUAUGCUGGCAACAACUUCGUCGGUGUUUGGAAUACGGGGUGCACUGUACCGAACUGGGAGAUCGGCUACACCAGCAUACGGGAAACAGAUGCCUUACGGAAGUCAACCAGUGAUGGAUUUCUUACGGUUCGGUCGAAGCAGCGUUUACGGCGCUGGUGGACUAGACUACUUCUCGGGCCCGUUGAGUGAAUACUAUACAUUCGCAUAG